AUGAGCGCAAGACCGUCGUUGGGCUCUGCAGGAUCGCUGGUUGCCGGGACCGGGGUGCGCGGCGGCGAGGGCGAGGGCGAGGGUGUUGUCGACCCGCUCUUUGACGCCACGUACUCGCGGCUGGAGCUUGUGGCCAAAGAGCAGCGGCUGGAGCGGUUGGUGCUCGAGUCGAAGGGGCUGCUGCGGACGGGCCUGCUGCGGCGGGGGCUGGGCAAGGUCUCUGAGCUGUGCAACCCGCCAUCGGCCAUGCUCCGGGAUCGCGACGCAGACUUUAGUUCGUGGUCGAUGCGGUAUGUGGUGCCGAUCGCCGGCGAUUCUGCGCCACCACCGCCGGUCUCGCGGGCUACGGCAUACGGGCGCGACUGGACUGCGCCGCCGGAGCAGUGGGAGCGGCUGAUGCACCGGCAUCUGGCCAAGAGCCACGCGGCGCGGCAUGCGGCCGAGCGGCAGCAGCGGUAUACUGCGGUUCCGCAGCCACGAUCGGAGCUGGUGCGCAGCGACAACACAGUUCCAUCGUCGUUGCCUGCGCGUGCGUUAGCAGACCACGAGUUCCAACGGCGAUAUGUCAACGGGGCGUACAAGGCAUGGCUGCUAGACAACGGGCAUCCUAUUCCCGAUGACUUGCGCGAUGUUGUGCCACACCAGCGCGGUACAACGUCGUCGUGAGAGCAGACCUGCCCAGGUAGUGGAAGCUUACCCGGACUGGGUGUUCGACUCGUACUCGUCCAACUCUUCAGCGUUGGAGGCCAUGGUGUUGGAGGUUGCGACGCCCUCUGUGGUCUCACGGCGGCGGCGGCGGCGCUUGGUCGGCCGGACACGGGCCUGCUUUGGCGGUAGGGUGUCCGUGAUGAUCGGCAAGUUGGUGUCUUGCGACGCCGAGAGCUGGAACUUCCGCUUGGCUUGCUGCUGGGCAGCUGUCGGCGGCACAAUUUCGCUUGGCGAGGCGAGGAUCAUGUCGUUGACGUCGCCCAGGGCCAGGCUUGGGUCGGAGAGAUUGAGACCGAACGAGUUGCUUGUCGGGUCAAGGUACGAGUUGAUGAGGUCGUUAAACUCGGUUGAUAUGCCCA